AUGCAGGGUUUGGCCAGGGGCGUCACGCGGAUCACGACCAACAUGGAGAGACCUAGCAAGGAGGACGAACCUUUCACCAACCUCUACGUGAAAUGCUUCCCUUCUCACUUCAAGGAGCAAGACCUUUGUGAGCUCUUUGAUGGUUUCGGCCCGAUUCAGGCGGCCAAGAUCAUGAUGGACCAACGGGGCCGAGCCUUUGGGUUUGUGAACUUCGAGCAGUCCAAAGAUGCCAAGGAGUGUGUGCGGCUGAUGCACCGCAAGGACUUACGAACACGGAAGGAACAAAAAGAGGCCAAAAAGUUGGAGGCAGAAGGUAAAGCUCCGCCAGUGACGUUGGAUAUGGAUGGACAUCCUGAACAUCUUCUUUAUGUCGGCCGUGCGCAGAAGAAGGAAGAGCGGGAAGCGAUGUUUCAGAAACAGAAAGGUGCGGCUAAAGGAAAUGGCAAAGGAGAUGGAAAGGGCGAACGCGAGAACUGUGGUAAAAGUGCUACGCCCCCCACACUGUCGUCAAAACCCAUGGCCACAUUGCCGCGACCCACGCGCACGACUGAUCCACCGAGCUGGAGCACGCCGCUGUAUGCGCCGUUGGCCAACGGAGGCAGCUAUACUAAUGGAACCAGCCAAUUGACCGGAGCAGGCUAUGUGAACGGACAUGGCGGUGGAGGAUGGUCUGAAGGCAACUGGCAAUCACAGGCACCAUGGAGCAGCGAGACCUAUUCCAGCACGUGGGAGAGGCCACACUAUACAUCCAGUUGGGAUUCUUGGCCCAGCACGGGAAACUAUGGCAACAACGCCAGUGACGGAGGAUGUGAUGGUUUUGAUGGAGGGUAUAGCAGCAAUAUCACAUCAUACCAGACGCCGGCCUUCUCUGCCCCACGGGGCUGGCAGAUUUGA